UGAUGAAGACACAAACUCAUCCUGAUCAGUAUCUGCUGGACAGACUACAGUCACUCCAGAUCAACAGUCGGCUCAGUCGCAGAUGAAGUCAGAAAGUGUGUGGUUCCUCGUGCCAGCAGAAGUGUGACGUCUGCCGGAGCGUCUCGUGUUCAGCAUCCUGUCAGAGGAACCCAGAGGAACCGGACGCUCAGAGCCGCAAGAUGUCGAGUUCUCUAGUCGUGUGCGAGGUGGACGUCAGUCUGCAGGAGAAGCUCAAGAAGUUCCGCUUCCGUAAGGAGACCAACAACGCAGCCAUUCUGAUGAAGAUCGACAUGGAGAAGCAGCUGGUGGUGCUGGAGGAGGAAUAUGAGAACAUCUCACUGGAUGAACUCAGAGAAGAGCUUCCAGAGCGUCAGCCUCGGUAUAUCGUGUACAGUUAUAAACUGACCCACGGUGACGGACGCGUGUCGUAUCCGCUCUGCUUCAUCUUCUCUAGUCCUGUGGGCUGUAAACCGGAGCAGCAGAUGAUGUACGCCGGCAGCAAGAACCGGCUGGUGCAGUCUGCGGAUCUCACCAAGAUUUUUGAGGUUCGCAAUCCGGACGACCUGACUGAAGAAUGGCUGAAGGAGAAAUUGUCAUUCUUUCGCUAAAUUAUGAACAGCAUCAUGAAAUCAUUCAGAAAUGACGUUCAGAACUGAUCUCUGUUCAGUGGGAACUUAUUCUGUUUUAAAUAUUUCAUCGUAAUUCUUGCUCUUAUUUCAUUUUGUGUAUUAUGUAAGACAUCAUGCCAGUCUGGAGAAACUGGUUUUCUGUAAAUCAUGUGUUUGUGAAUCAACAUCACAUAAAUCACGUC